UACGGUCGCAGUAACAAGAUGGUUGGUCCCAGAAUUGCUCCCGUCUUGCCACACUUAGCAGCAUACGACUUUGGCGAUGCCGACUCAGGAUCAGACAUCCUGGGAAAGCAAAUCGAACUGGAAGCCGGAAACGAUAUUCAGUACAGAACUUGCAGCUGGCAGAAAACUGCAGCGUUGCUCUUCUCCGAGUACAUUUGUUUGGCUAUUAUGUCAUUUCCAUACUCCUAUUCCGUUCUGGGCCUUGUACCUGGCAUCAUCCUGACAGCUGUUGUCGCCGCAUUGGUUCUGUACACUUCACUUGUUCUGUGGGAAUUCUGUCUGCGCCAUCCGGAGGUCCGCGACGUUUGUGAUAUCGGGCAGAUGUUGUUCUGGGGGAAGAAGUUUGCUUGGUAUUCCACUGCAGUCAUGUUCAUUUUGAACAAUACCUUCAUCCAAGGCUUGCAUGUGCUUGUCAGCGCCAAAUAUCUCAACACGAUCACCAACCAUAGCCAGUGUACCGUGGUUUUCGCGAUCAUUGCUACCAUAAUCUGCUGGUUUUGCUCCCUUCCUAGAACUUUUAGCGCUCUUUCGAAACUUGGCACAGCAUCUGCGUUCUUCACCUUCAUCUCUGUAUUACUUGCAGCCAUAUUUGCAGGCAUUGAAGCCCACCCACAGGGAUACAAUCUUGAUCCAAACUACGUAAACCCAGUAACUGGAAUUCACGGUGGAGAGCCAAUUGUGACGGCAAUCCCUAUCAAAGGUACAACCUUCGUGGCAGGAAUGAAUGCUUUCUUGAAUAUCAGCUAUACUUUCAUUGGCCAAAUUACUCUUCCUAGCUUCAUCGCCGAGAUGAAGGACCCCAGAGAUUUUCCCAAAGCUCUUUGGGCUGUCACGAUUGCCGAAAUUAUCCUUUUCAGCCUUGUAGGAGGCAUUGUCUAUGGAUAUACUGGAAACCAGUAUAACACUUCUCCCGCUUUUGGAUCACUUGGCAAUGAGGUUUUCAAAAAGGUGUCAUUUUCCUUCAUGAUUCCCACAUUGAUCUUCCUUGGAGUCCUCUAUUCAUCUGUAUCAGCCAGAUUCGUGUUUUUCCGCGUUUUCGAGGGUACAAGACAUAAGACUCAACAUACCGUCGUUGGGUGGGCAUCUUGGGGUGGAAUACUGGCUGCAACUUGGCUUGGAGCUUUCAUCAUCGCAGAAGCCAUUCCGUUCUUCUCUGACUUAUUGUCUUUGAUGUCCUCCCUCUUUGACUCCCUCUUUGGAUUCGUCUUCUGGGGGGUGGCGUAUAUCAGAAUGAGGAGAGUUGAUGGUGGUGUCAAUUGGCUCCACGAACAAUCUGUAUAUGGAUACACAAUGUUGGCACUGAACGUCGUCAUCAUUCUUAUUGGAGUGUUCUUCCUGGGGGCUGGCACAUAUACCAGUGUGCAGAGUAUUAUUGACAGCUAUGACCAAGGACUUGUCGGGGGCAUCUUCACCUGCAAGAACAACGGCAUAUGAAAGCAGAGUAUUGAUGUUGCUCUCUCAAAAGUAUGUACAUAAGAUAGCUCCGCGAACUUUGAAGAUGUCACAACCGGAUCCAAAAUAAUGACCGAUUCACACUACUUUUGACCCUGCCAGAAUGGAAAAAUCAUCGAAGAGGCAUGGACAAAUCCCAGACGAAUUGUUGCAGGGAGUUCCAUGCGGUUUUAGCUCUGGUGGAAGACAGUUAGACAAAGGAAGAUAUCAAGAGAUGUUGAUCUCAGUGGGCACCGGAAGCCCGGCUGGCUCCUAGUAUGCAAAAAGAUACAAUCGUGAAAAUGGUGUGAAAUUUCAGGUCGGAACGGAAGUCUAUGGUCAAAAGUUCCUGUGUCAAACCCUUGUAAGCUCUAACCUCGAACUCGG